AGGUGGAGCCAUGCCACUUAUUUACAGGAAACGAGCUGGUUUUGUGUUAGCUAAGAAGUCCAUUUUAAUAAAUAUUUAUAAUUACGGUGGAUAGAAGUGGCAAAGUCCCCCCGAGCUGCAGGACCAGGAGAGAUCUGCUGUGAGUCUGAGCUGAGGAAGGAUUCCGGAUUUCUGAUAGCUCCAGUUCCAUCAGGGAGUUCACUCUGGCUGAUUUCGUGUCCCACAUUGGCCACUGUGGACUCUCUCCUCCAUGGCCCCCUUGGCUCAGAUCCUGGCACUGCUGGCAAUGACCGUGGCCACUGCAGCCAUCAUGGAAUUGCCCCUGGACAUGGCCCAGGACUCCUUUGAUGACCAGUACCUCAACUGUGGCCCUGCCAUGACUGAGGCCUUGUGGGCCCUCAAUGGCUCCGAGUUCCAGGAGAACAAGGAGUUUUCCCAGGCCUGGGUGAAGGCCACGGCCGAGUGGCAGAAGCGUGGCUCCAAUUUGUCCCCUCUGUCCCCAGCCCAGGCCAUCGCCCUCAUGGCCUACACGAUGCCGGGCGUGCACAAGCAGUUCAACGCGGCUGUGCGCACGGCCGGGCGCUCCCGCCGGGAAUACCGGGACAACUUCCACUUCAAAACGCUGCAUUUCCUGCUGACCCAGGCCCUGCAGAAGCUGAGUCACCCUAAUGAGUGUCCAGAUGUGUUCCGGGGGGUGAGGACGGUCCGGUUCAAUGUGACAGCUGGAGAGAAAGUUCGCUUUGGUCAAUUCGCUUCGUCGUCGCUGGACAAGGUGGUGGCCCAGGGUUAUGGGAACGUCACGAUGUUCCAGGUGCACACGUGCCACGGAGCAGACAUCCAGAGGUUCUCCUUCAAUCAAAGUGAGAGGGAGGUGCUGAUCCCGCCCUUCGAGACCUUUGAGGUCACCAAUGUCACCAGGGAAGGGAAGAAGGUGCAGAUUGAGCUUCGCUCCACUGGGAACUCCAGCAACUACGACUGCGAGUGGCUGCGAGGUGGGAGCCUCCCCAGGAACUCCCCCCACCUUGGGGGGCUUCUCCUGGCUAUCAUGGCCAUGGCAGUGGCCAUUGGAACCCUCUAAGCCACAAGGCCACCAAGGUCGCCGUGGUCUUGGAGGCCACUGUGGCCACCAUGAUCACAAAGGCCACCAGGACCCCCAGAGAAAUGUGCCCACCAAGGCUACCAAGGCCAUUAUGGCCACUAUGGUUCAUUUGUCCACUGUGACUACUGUGGCCAUUAUUGCCACUCUGGCCACUGUGGCCACUUUGGCCUCUGUGACCACUGUGGCCACUCUGGGCAUUGCAACCACCAUGGUCAGCAUGGCCAUUGUGCCCACAGUGACCCAUGAUGUCACCAUGCCCACUGUGGCUACCAUGGUCACUGUAACUACCGAGGCCACCAUGGCCACCAUGGUUACCCAGGUGACCAAAGUCACCAUGGCCACCACAGUCACCAUGGCCACCACAGUCACUGUAACAUAGCGUCCAUCCUGGAAAAGCCCCUCCGAGAGCUGCGCAGCCAGGGAGCAAUGCCAGGGCAGCAGGACCAGCACAGGGGGGCUGGAGCAGCCAGGACAGCACAGGACAGCACGGACAGCAGAGACUGGGCAGCACCUGGGGCCACUUGGGCACUUCCCGAUAGAGGGGUUUGGGAGUGGCAAUGUCACGGCCACCUGCUAGCACUCCUUGGUUGCCUCACCUGAUGUAGCGAUAAAUUGCCGCUUGCUCACCUGCCAUAUAAGAAAUGUAUCAAAUCCUUGAUCCUUGCUCGCCUGGUGUAUCAAAUAUUUAUCAGAAAUUUGAUCCUUGCUUGCCUGGUGUAUCAAAAGUUUACCAAAAUUUGCUGCUGGCUCACCUGAUGUUUCCACUACAGCUCCUUUAAUGCCUCUCCUGCAGGGUGCCUCAUUUCCUAAAAUAAAGCAGCUCCUGGAGGUUCCUUAGAGGCCA